AUGGCUAAGAAUCUCUUGGGUAUUGGUAAGAAGAAACCUGAAACCAAAGACAAACAAGCUUGGGAAUCAAAUGUCCGCUCAUCAUCUUCCUCUUCCUUCGUUGACGAUAGAGAGCUAGAAGGCACAGACUCGCCCAAGGAUGAUGAUUCUUCGAGUAGACUCUCGCUUUCCAUACAGUCGUCGUCGAUUUUCUCUAAAAGUCGACAAACGCAUCGCACAGGUGGCUCUUCAACGCAUACUGGUGACUCUCAGGGUAGGAAGCAUGUGGCAAGUAAAGACUCUGAAAGUGCCGGAAAACCUCUGCGUGUGUUGGAAUUUGGUAAACUAGGUUCGUUGAAUCCCGUUGUUGAGGAAGAGGAUGCGUUGUUGACCAGCGUUCUUGUGGACGAUCACUUGCCGCGAGCAGUGAGACAUUCAAGCAGGCGUACAUCAGGUACACAGAAGGAAAGGCCCACCGUGACUUUUGAGCAAUUUGACUGUGCUUUGGAAAUAUUGGAUGAAAACUUGGUAGUCUUAAUGGACGAUAUUCACCAGAAUGUUACGAACAUCUCAAAGGCCGUCAUACAGGCCGCUGAGUACUUUAAAGAUUUCCUUCCAGACGUUUUGAACGUUCAGCUUCCUAAUAGGGUAUCUUGGAGCAAAAACAACUCUCUCAGAAGAAUUACGAAGACAGUAUUACAUUUCGUAGAUACACUUUUGCAACCGGAUGUCUUCAACAACUCUCGAGCGAUUAUGAUCAAACAUUACCUGAGCUUUCUCAAAAAGUUGAAUGUAUCAUCUUUCGAUGAUGGCCAUGAACUUCGAACUUUGCGGUAUCCAAGAAACUUUUGCAUCGAUGCUGAAUGCGAUCUCCCCAGAAAAAACAAAAUAUCUGCUAUCAUGGAAAAAAUAGCAGCAACUGAUUCAGCGUGUAUUUCUGAUCAAUCCGGUGCUUUUAUUGCGCCAGUUCUGAGAGGAAUUAACCGAGCGACAUCCGUUUUGACCCUCAUGUUUGGUCUACCACAACCUCAGCAGGAGCAUCAUGAUUUGAUCAAAGCGCUGUAUUCUCUAUUUCCUGACGUGCACUUUUACUGUGUCAAAGAUUAUAUUCAGCCUUGCGCCGAGGUUCAGUCUCCUAUUGCCUUGAAACCUCGGCCGAUGGAAAGUUCAAUGGCCUCUCAGUUUCUUCCGCCAUACAGACUCCCAUCGGACGUCACUGCGCCUCCCAUUUCCAUGUCAAUAUCGUCCCAUGACAGCAACAAAAUAACUGGAACGCUUGGAGGCUAUAUUUAUCCGCAUAUUAAAGACGACGAUACGUCUUUAGCUCAGUUUGCAGGUUCUACUUUUGCUAUGGCUUGUGCCCAUGUAGCACUUGCUGAAUCUCAAGACUACCCCCACGUUGCUGUGCCAUCGACAGUUCUCCAGAAGCAGUAUAAGGAUGCAAUAGUAGAUGAAGCACAGCGAUAUCUGGAGGGUUCUGCAGAGAGAAAUGCUUUUAACGAAGAGUUGGUGAGAAUCGAUCAAAACUUGCAGUGGCAAGAGCAGCAUAAGUUUGGGCAAGUAGUGUGGGGCGAAAGAGCUGUUGUUGAUCAAAAACUUUCAGACUUUGCUAUCAUAAAAGUGAGCCCGGAGGUUCAUUGCUCAAACUUUUUGGGAGACGACGUAGGCUCAAUGGCUAAUCCUUUUUUGCGGUUUCAAAACCUCUAUGUCAAAGACAAAAUCAUGAAACUAAAGGCUGGUUCUGAAGUUUUCAAGGUUGGGGCAACCACUAAGUUUACAACUGGUCAAGUAAACGGUCCAAAGCUCAUUUUUUGGGCAGAAGGCAGAUUGAAAAGCAGCGAGUUUGUAGUGGCAUCUCCUUCGCCUAUGUUUGCUGCUGGCGGUGACUCGGGUGCUUGGAUUCUUACGAAAUUAACCAACAAGCUUGGUCUAGGCGUGGUGGGUAUGCUGCACUCAUACGAUGGCGAACAGAGGCAAUUUGGUCUUUAUUCCCCCAUCGGUGACAUUUUGGACAGAUUGUACAAAGUAACUGGAGUAAAGUGGGAUAUCUGCAAACCGGGGCAACAAUGA